AUGGAAAAUUUGCUGCCUCCUUCUUAGAAUUUACCUUAACCUCGCAAGUAGAAAGAAAUACGCCCAGAGACAGUAAGACUUAAAUUUUUGCGCAUCAUUAAUGUGAUAUGCUUGUUGAUCUUUGCAAAUUUCUACAGUCUGGCUUUUAUAUUUGUUGGCUUUACGUAGCAUUAUCUAGUACUGAUGAUAGAGGCUAUCCUUUUCCCAGGAAUGAAUUUAUUCUAUUUAAACAUGACUCAUUAGUCAAAAAUAAAAUUUACCAAGUACAUAAGUGUACUGGUAUACGGCUUUGGACUUAUUAAUUUCUCAAUUUGCGCGAUUUAUACCUUCAUGGCAUUUAUUCAUACCGAAGAAAAAGACGAUGUUGAGUUGUAAAGAACAGGUAAAUGGAUGCUUACAUUCAUAGCAUUAUAUUUAGUGCAGAUUGGAUCAUUCAUCUUGAAUUCCAAGGAAUUCAAAAACGUCUAUUUUGACAACCAAGAUCUUUUUGAAGUGGAUGAUGAAAGUGAAGAUGAUGAAAAAACAAACAGCAGCAACGAGGGAAAUAGUGACGGCGACGAGUUGAGCGAAGAGGAAAGUCCUCAAAAUAAUGAUAAAAUGGAAAUCAUUUAUAUAAGCUGA